AUGAUCCCCCUCCAUGACGACAUCAGCGUAGUCGAAGGCUUCAUCUACACCAUCCAAAAGACAAUCGAAGAAAACGGCGACCCGGACGAAACCGAGCACUUGCAAGCUGAAUCCCACUGCUUCGAUUUCAUCGCGGCCAUGAAAUGGGUAAAACACCUGCACUCCCAAGCCCCGCUUCUAUCCGACGAAGCCCGCGACCAGGGGUGGAAGCAAUUCCUCGCCAACAUCGAGGGCGUCAUGCACUAUGUCGUGCGCUGGGCGUACGCGAAGUAUCCCGAGGGCCUAAUAUAUGCGAAGCUGUUUAGGCGGCGGGGUGGUGGUGUUUGGGAUGCAUCGGGGGGUACGGACCCGGAACUGUUUGGGGAUUAUGAGGAAGACAAUACUGGUAACUUUAGUAUGCGGCGGGAUUGGAGCUGGGCGGUCAAGGCGGCAAUGGAGUUGGAGCUGGUUAGUAAGGUGCUGUUUAAGCAUUGCGAGCAGGUUACGGGCAUGAUGCAUGUGGAUUUUAUGGCGACGGCGCUGGAGGAGAUGUCGCUGUAA